AUGUUUCGGGCAUACCUUAGAGCGAAUUUGGCCAAUUAUUACUUGCUUUUUACUGAUGGCUCGAAAGUAGACGGAAAGGUCGGAUUCGCCAUAUACGACCCAGUACGCGAUACAAACGAAGGGUACUCUCUCCCAGGGUGGGCUUCGAUAUUCUCCGCGGAAUCGAUGGGGGUACUCAAGGCCCUAGAAUACACCCAGUAUAAGCUUCAGAACGUAACCCAAAUCGCAAUACUAACUGACUCCAGGAGCGUGGUUUCGCAUUUGGAGAAUAUAAACACGUAUUCCAAAUGCGAUCACGUUACAAUGGAAAUUUUAUUGAGAUACAGAGACUUGGUUAGUGACGGUAAAUCAGUCACCCUGUGCUGGAUUAAAGGACACUCGGGCAUCCGAGAAAAUGAAAUUGUGGAUAGGUUCGCGAAGGAAGCCGUAGUAAACGGCUCUUUCUUCGAUUACAAAAUGACCAAGUGCGAUGCCAAAAGGGCAUUAAAUAGAGUGUGGCUACGCGAUUGGCAACUGCUACAUGACGGCUCCCAGGGAGGGCAAUUGUACAGGCUAAGGUUUCCCAUGGUGCCUAAGAAGCCGUGGUUUCAAGGGUGUACGGGUUCGAGGCGUUUUUUCUCCACGAUGGUGCGAAUACGUACAAAUCACGGGUUAUGGGGCGCACAUAGAUUCAGAAUAGGAGUGAGAGACAGUCCAAAUUGCGCGACUUGUGAUAAACCAGAAGACCUCAAUCACUUGAUUAUGGAAUGCCCGGAACACGAGGAGAGGAGAAAAAUUUUCCUGGAGAGGAUCUAUUCCUUGCAGUGUGUAGCAAAACCAUUCAGUUUGGAGUCCCUAAUUUCAGAAGGUAGAGACGCUGUUUACAUGCUUCUAUAUCAAUUCACCAAGGGGGGGUAA